AUGAAGUUAUCGGUAGUUUUGCUGCGACGUAAUCUAUUACCAAAUGGUCACUUAUUUAGAGGAAAAGAUCGCUUGGUUAAAAAAGUAGAACUCAAACAUCUUCGUAAACUUCAACGUGAUUUAGAAAUUGAAGAACAAAACAUGUAUUUUCUUCGCCACCCCUAUCUGACCGAGGCUGAAAGUGCUGGUCAUUCUAAAGCUUUAGGCAAACAAGUUGCAAGGCAAGAAAGGCUUGUUGACUCAACAAGAAGAAUAUUCAAAAAUGAUGUUACCCUAUAUGAGAGGUUAAAUCAUCUGAGAGUUAAAGAAUCUUGGGAUUAG